CAUGUCUCUGAAUCCAUCCAAAUGGAAAUCUCAGUAGCUCCUCCACUUCACCUAUUUCAUGCAAGUCUAAGGUUGUAAGGAUGCGAAGAAUCUUCUCUUCCGAAGCUUAGAAGACAAAGCAACAUAUGUUGAGUAGUUAUCGGUGGCAGCGAGUUCUGAAUCCAUGCAUAGGCUGCUCGGUGCAUUCCCCGAGACACCGCCGGGGGUCAACGUAAGCAGGCCGCACGUCGUCAUGAACGGCGGCGGCAAUGCCGGUUACGACGCCGGCAUGGUUAUCGUCAUCGUGGCACUCCUCUGCGCUCUAAUACUCGUGCUCGGGCUGAACUCCAUGGUGCGGUGCGCGCUCCGGUGCGGGCGGCGGCUGGCCUUGGAGACCCCCGAGCAGGCCGCUGCGAGGCUCGCUGUGACCGGGCUCAACAAGCAGUCGCUCCGCCGCCUCCCAGAGGUGGUGUACGGGUUGGGAGCUGACAUCUCGGCCACCGAUUGCCCGAUAUGCCUGGGGGAGUUCGCCGACGGCGAGAAGGUCCGGGUGCUGCCCAUGUGCCGCCAUGUGUUCCACGUCGAGUGCAUCGACAAGUGGCUUGCUUCGCACUCUUCCUGCCCAACUUGCCGGCGGUUGUUGCUCGAUCAUGGCACCGGAAAUGGAGCCGAGGAGGAGAACCGAUCCCGCCGGUCGGCUCGUGCAGUGGUGGUGGUGGAUAUGGUGGGCUAACGCCAGCCUAAAGCAGGCCCUUGGUUCGCUGAUCUAUGGACUCCCAGUCCAAUUUGUUCAUGUAAACUAUUUCUGAUAAU